AUGAAUGACCCAAAUGAGGACACAGAGUGGAAUGACAUCUUGCGCAAAAAAGGUAUCCUUCCUCCAAAGGAAGACCUGAAAAAACAAGAGCAGGCAAAAGAAGAUGAGCAGCUUCAGAUCCUGCAGAAGUCUCUUGUGAAAACUUAUGAGGACAUGACUCUGGAAGAGCUAGAAGAAAAUGAAGAUGAGUUUAAUGAGGAAGAUGAAAAAGCUAUUGAAAUGUACAGACAGCAAAGGUUAGCAGAAAUGAAAGCAGCUCAAAUGAAGAAUAAAUUUGGGGAAGUUUUGGAGAUUUCAGGAAAAGAUUACGUUCAAGAGGUUACCAAAGCUGGGAAAGGAAUAUGGGUAGUUCUGCACCUCUACAAACAAGGAAUUCCACUCUGUGCCUUAAUAAAUCAACACAUGCAGGCGCUGGCAAGGAAGUUCAGAGACGUGAAAUUUCUCAAAGCGAUCUCCACCACCUGCAUCCCCAACUACCCCGAUAAGAACCUGCCUACGAUAUUUGUCUACCUCGAGGGCGACAUCAAAGCCCAGUUCAUCGGGCCACUGGUGUUCGGUGGCAUGAACCUCACGCGAGACGAACUGGAGUGGAAGAUCUCAGAAUCAGGUGCCAUCAAGACAGACCUCGAGGAAAAUCCCAGGAAGCAGAUCCAGGACCAGCUCAUGUCCUCAGUCAGGAUGUCUGCCCCGAGCAGAGGGGAGAGUGACUCGGAAGAUGAUUAACUCUUGCAGCAGCAUCGAGGUGAUCCAGUGCCCUGGCAGCCGGUGUUCCUGCCU